GUCGAUCAACGAAAUCGAAAUCCCUUUGGCAACCUGCUAAAACUCGUUGUUGCAGUAUUGCUACCAUAAGUCUGCCCACUGCGGCCCGCCCACGCGCGGAUGUCGAUCGAGUCGACCGGUAGAAUCAAUAUCAAUAUGAGUUGGGCCGCAAAUAACGGGACAGGUAGCGAUCCUGACGAUGGCGCGGACCUGGGCAACUGGAGUUCGCUCAUCGGGAUCAUAACCGCAAUAUCGGGCAAUGUCCUGAUUGCUUUAGCGCUCAAUGUUCAGAGAUAUUCGCAUAUAAAACUACAUCAACGGCGAGUCGAGGCGCGGGAGCGAGCAAGAGAAGCUUUAAGGAAAGCCCGGGAUGGUCACCGUAACGGUUUCGGAACAACCGACAUACCUGAUGGCAUCGCGCAGGACAAUGGCGACGAAGCAGUUGAUGGGGCAGGCAUACACCCGCUUUCUCAGUCGAUUCAAUCGGUAGACUCCAAUUUGACCGAACAAACAUGUAACGAGUCCAAGGUGAACUCGUCUUAUUUGAAGUCGACAUCCUGGUGGAUAGGUCAGGUUCUGAUGACUGUUGGUGAGAUGGGCAACUUCUUGGCCUACGGUUUCGCGCCCGCUUCGAUCGUGUCUCCGCUAGGCGUUGUGGCUCUGAUUUCGAACUGUAUUAUUGCGCCCAUAUUCUUUGGCGAGAAAUUCCGGACGCGCGACUUCUGGGGCGUCGUCAUCGCAGUGGGCGGCGCCGUCACGGUCGUGCUGAGUGCUAAAACAGAAGAGACGAAAUUAGAUCCUCAUAAUGUGUGGGAUCAUAUCACGUCGAUGGAAUUCGAGAUUUAUAUGGGCAUUACUUUCUUUUUCAUCAUCGUCCUAAUGUGGGCGAGCCCUAGAUAUGGCAACCGGACAAUCCUAAUCGACCUUGGCCUCGUCGGCUUAUUCGGAGGUUAUACCGCUCUGGCGACCAAGGGCGUUUCCUCGAUGCUUUCCUCAACACUUUUCAAGGCAUUUACCACGCCAGUGACGUAUGGCAUGGUAUUUAUUCUACUUGCAACCGCCAUCAUGCAAGUCCGAUACGUAAACAAGGCCCUACAACGAUUCGAUUCGACACAAGUUAUACCCAUUCAGUUUGUACUAUUUACCUUGUCGGUGAUUAUCGGCAGUGCUGUCCUGUAUCGAGACUUUGAACGAACGACGGCGCAACAGGCAGCCAAGUUUAUCGGUGGCUGCCUCCUUACUUUUUUCGGCGUCUUCCUGAUCACCAGCGGCCGGCCGCGGCAAGAUGAGGAAGACGAAUUGUCAGAUGAUGAAAACGUGGAAGAGACCAUCGGGCUCCUCGAACAAGAAAGGAACAGUCGUUACACCGACCAUGACGAGCAGCCUGGACAUGAACAAUUACUACCACCAACCCCACCUCGACCUCGGUCGUCGAGACGUUCAUCGUAUGCCUCGCGACUUAAUUUCAUAAAUACGAGUGCUAAAACGGUAUCGUAUCCGCAAAGUAGAGCUCCCUCGAUCCGUAGGCACGAUGCGUCAGCUACUAAGACGUCUCACUCGACGCCAGUGGAAUCGUCGCCGCUUCUCGACAACCCAUGGAGGCAUUCCGCAGAUGACCAUCCUUCUCAUCCAGAGCUGCCAUUAAGGUCAUCGGCGGAGAGUGUACCUACGAUAUACUCCGUAACCUCUGUUGCUGUAUCAGAACCUUUACAGUCUAAUACAAGCCUCCCAAAUCCCGACGUCCCACCUCCUUCUCCAGACAGACCCUCGACACCACGAGCACAUCCUUCCAGACCACAUAGUCAUCACUUUUCCAAUGCCUUUAUUUCCCCGUCGCCAUUAUCGUCGACCGUGAGCGCUGUGGUAGCAGAUGCUCUCUUGCGCGGCGAAGAAAGUCCUAACGGCCGAAGGAGAUCUAUUAGGCGAACGAGGCCUAGUAUCAGAUCGAGUUUAUUUGUCCCACAAAGCGAGGACAACGUCAACUCGGUGGCUGAGCCUCUUUUCGAGGACUAUCGAGACGAUGAUGAACCGCCUUACCAGGAUGAUCCCUUGCCAACGGAUAAUAAAACACUUCGAGGACGAGCACGCAGCUUAAGCAGCGCACUGGGGGAGUUUUUCGGACGGAAGAGGCGGAGAAGGGUAUCGGACCCAGAGCCAGGUCCGGAAGACGACAACGGAUAUAGCGACGAUACUUCGCGGCAAGAUUAGUUGGGUAAUAAUUAAAAUAGGA